CUGGGCGAUCACGUGGCCCGCCCGCUGCCACGCUCCCCGCGACCGGCUAUGCUGCGGCUGGGGCCGCUCGCCGCUGCUGGGCGCUGGCUGCCCGCGGGCCCUCGCCUCGGGCUGCCGUGUCUCGCUGCGGGCCCGGUGAGCUUCUCCCGGUCCUGGCCGCCUCGUCCGGUCGGUGACUGCGGCCUGCUGCAUCGGCAGGUGCGGCCGGCGGCGGGCUCGGCCACCGGCGGGCGGGGCCUGGCUCUGAAAACGCCCAAGGUAACGGCGGGAGUGGGGGCUGUGUCGGCGGUUACCGGCCGCUCUCCCCUUUCACCCGCCCCGCCUUUGACGGCCGCUCUCCGUCCCGGGCCAGGGCACCCGCGACCACCCCCCCGCCCGCACGGCGCUCCGCGACCGGCUGCUCGCCGCCGUGGUGGCAUGCUUCAAGCGGCACGGGGCGGCCGCCAUCGACACUCCCGUGCUGGAGCUGCGGGUGAGGUGGCGCCGGGACAUACCUCCCCCUCUCCCCCUCCUCUGCGAGACUGGGGAGCGUCCCUUUUCCCUGGGGCUGAAGGGGCAGGGUUGGGGCAGGGCUGGGAGGUCCCCCCGUGUGGGUCAUGGCGGGGGGCACAGGCAAGUGUGACCAGUCCCUCUUGGGUCCCCACGGCGUGGGGGGACGUGAAUGUGGACCCUGCUUUUGCCCCAUGUCAGAGGGAGCUGGAGGGGGGAUGUGUCAUGCCCUCCCUGGCGAUCUCUGCUCGACUCCUGGGAUGGGGUGGGGGGCCAGACUCCGUGCUCUGUCCCCCAUCCCAAGGGACCCUGUGCCCCAGAGCCACCCUGCUCCUUUGCUGCCCCACCAGCCCCUUCCCCUCUCACCAGGAGACACUGAUGGGGAAGUACGGAGAGGACGCCAAGCUCAUCUACGAGCUGCAAGACCAGGGAGGGGAGCUGCUGGCUCUGCGCUAUGACCUGACUGUGCCUUUCGCUCGCUAUUUGGCUAUGAACAAGAUCACCAACAUGAAGCGUUACCACAUCGCUAAGGUGUACAGGCGGGACAACCCAGCAACGACCAGGGGCCGCUACAGGGAGUUCUACCAGUGCGAUUUUGACAUCGCUGGGCAGUUCGACCCAAUGAUUCCCGAUGCCGAGUGCCUAAAGAUUGUGCACGAGAUCCUGAGUGACCUGCAACUUGGGGACUUUCUCAUAAAGGUCAAUGACCGUCGGAUUUUGAAUGGUGUGUUUGCUGUCUGUGGCAUCCCAGAGAGCAAGUUUUUAACUACGUGCUCUACUGUGGACAAGCUGGACAGAAUGCCGUGGGAAGAAGUGAGGAGCGAGAUGGUAGGAGAGAAGGGGCUCUCUCCCGAGGCUGCAGAUCGCAUCGGGGAGUAUGUCCAGCUUCACGGUGGCCUGGACCUGAUCGAGCGGCUUCUCCAGGACCCCAAGUUGUCACAGAACAAGCUGGCCAAGGAGGGGCUGGGGGACAUGAAGCUGCUGUUUGAGUACCUGACCCUGUUUGGCAUCACAGGGCAGAUCUCUUUUGACCUGAGCCUGGCGCGGGGUCUGGACUAUUACACGGGGGUGAUCUUUGAGGCCGUCCUGCUGCAGCAGGAGAAUGACCAUGUGGAGGAGCCAGUCAGCGUUGGGAGCGUGGCUGGAGGUGGUCGCUAUGACGGGCUGGUGGGGAUGUUUGAUCCCAAAGGACGGAAGGUGCCCUGCGUGGGAGUCAGCAUUGGGAUUGAGCGGAUCUUCUCCAUCCUAGAGCAGAGAGUGCAGGCUUCUGGGGAGAAAGUUCGAACAACUGAGACACAAGUGCUGGUGGCUACACCUCAGAAACACUUACUUGCUGCAAGACUGAAGCUCAUCUGCGAGCUGUGGGAUGCAGGGAUCAAGGCAGAGAUGCUGUACAAGAAGGAUCCUAAACUGCUGAAGCAGCUGCAGUAUUGUGAGGACACAGGGAUCCCCCUUGCUGCUAUUGUAGGAGAGCAAGAGCUGACAGAUGGAGUCAUCAAGCUGCGAAAUGUCGCAACAAGAGAGGAGGUUGAUAUCCCAAGAGAAAAGCUUGUUGACGAGAUCAGGAGGCGGCUGGAGCCCUAGGACUUUUCUGGCCAGUGCUGCUUGGUUGAACUGCUGUACAACCGGGACCCCCCAGCACCCUUAGCUAUUCACUUUCCACUGGUCUGGUGACCAUCUUAACCAGAGGCUCAUCUGCCUGGGCUUGAGGCAGUGUUAACAGAGAGUAUCUGCUUGGAAAGGAUAUGGACAGUGCAGUCACCAGGUUAACCUUCUGGUUAACUGCUCUGCAGGAUGGGUCAACCUUGUGGGUUCCUAAUACUGCAGUACCUGUAGCUGUACGGCCACUUCCAUCCACCGUAGGGGACGGCACGGGCACGAUGGAUGUGGUGCAGCUCAAGCAGGAUCAGGCUGAGCAGUGGCGGCCGGGGGGGAAGCCGUGGUGUGCCGGGUGCCCGCAGGCUCAGAACAGGGAGGGUGGCAGCCGAAGGCCACCCGCGCCCCUCUGCAGCCUGCACGGGGCUGCCCCACAGCCGGGCUCGGGGCUGCUGCUGGGGUGCGGCCUGCGGGCUGGCGCAGCUGCGCGGCCAGGCUCCGGCUGGGCGAGCGCGGGGAGGGGGGGGCUCUAUAUUUUUAUAUAUUAAAAAAACAA